GCGCCCAGACUCGGCGCGGGCCGGCGACGGCAAGGCGUCGAGCGCCGUGUCGGCGCCGUUCCACUGCGACCGGGCGCAGAGCGCCGAGGACGCCGCGGUGGGCUGGUCGCUGGCCAAGCAGGAGUGGUGCUGCAGGUUCCACGGCCUCGGCUGCACGGCACGCGUCAACAACACGAAGUUGUCGCCUUUCAACUGCGAGAGCGGGCUGUGGGAGUACCAGACAGGCUGGUCGCUGAGCAAGAGGACGUGGUGCUGCCGCAACCGCGGCCUCGGCUGCCCACGGGGCGGCGGCGGCGGCCCGCCCGGCGGGGGCCCCGAG